CAUGAUCCUGCAAGCAAGCAGAAGGCCAAGAAUGCCAAUGUAUUCUCCCCUUCCUGUGUACGCUAUUCUUUUGCUUCUUUCUUGGCCAUUCAGUUCGGUGCCUAUUUGCUCAUCCGAUAAUCGGCUUGUCGCUGGCAAGCCGCUCUCCCCUGGCAGUGUCCUCGUCUCUCAAGAUGGGGUGUUUGCCCUGGGAUUCUUCUCCCCGUACAACUCCACUAAGAACCAUCACUAUGUUGGCAUAUGGUACAACGACAUCCCGGAGCGCACGGUGGUAUGGGUUUCUAACCGUGCGGCGCCGAUCACCACUAACCUUUCCUCUGCAAAUCUUGCCGUCACCGGCAGCUCCGACAUAGUCUUGUCUGAUAACAAUGGUCGUGUCUUCUGGACAACGUACAACAGCAUCAACAUCAACUCCAUCUCGGUGGAAGCAGUGUUGGACAACACUGGCAACUUCAUCCUUAGAUCAUUAACUGAUAGUACCAUCCUAUGGCAAAGCUUCGACCACCCUACCGACACUCUCCUACCCGGCAUGAACCUCAGGCUCAGCCACAACACGCUUCCACUGCAGCACCUCGUCUCCUGGAAAGGCCUACAUGACCCAUCCCCCGGUGAGUUCUCCUACGGCGCAGACCCUAGCAGCCUCCUCCAGUGCUUCGUCUGGAAUGGCUCGAGGCCACACCGGCGAAGCCCGGUGUGGACAAAUUACCUCUAUGUUGGUGGAUUCAACGAGUCUACCAUUUAUAUGGCCUUACAUCACGCCGGUGACGAGGUGUACAUGUCCUUCAUCAUGCCGAUUGGCUACUUCGUCCUGCUGGUCAGGAUGGAGAUUGACUACUUGGGCAAGGUAAAUCUACUGAUCUGGGAGAGCAACAUGUCUGCAUGGAGAGCCCUGUAUGCAGAGCCUCAACAUGAGUGCAAUAUGUACGGCUACUGUGGUCUUUAUGGUUACUGCGACAAUACAGAAGUUGUCCCAGUUUGCAAGUGCCUUGAAGGUUUUGAGCCGAGGGAUGGUGAAGGAUGGAUCGCCGAUGGCUUCUCACAUGGAUGCCGCCAGAAGGAGGUGCAGAGGUGCACCCAUGGAGACGGUUUCUUGGUCUUUCCAGGCAUGAAGGUCCCUGACAAGUUCAUACAUGUCCCGAGCAGAAGCUUUGAUGAGUGCACGGAGGAAUGCAGAAGCAAUUGCUCCUGUGUGGCAUAUGCUUAUUCCAAGAUGAGCAACAUGGAUAUUGAUGGGGAUGACACAAGAUGCCUGGUAUGGAUGGGAGAUUUGAUCGACAUGGAGAACCACACUCAAGGAGGGGAGAACCUCUAUGUUCGGACUAAAAGAUUACAAG